GGAGGAGUCCUUGAAUUCUCAUCAAUAAGCUCUUUGGCGGGAUUCAAAUCAGGAUUUAUUGGCUGUUUAAGCUACUUGGCUAUCGACGGAAAAGUUGUAAGUCUUGGGAAGAAUAUAAUUGUUUCUUUUACAUUCCAUUACAAAAAUAGUUGGUAUCAAAAAUAGGGACCUUAAAAACAGGAAAACAGGUACAUGUAUUGUCUCCUUUGAUUAUUUUGAGAAAUUUUCGUAGGGACAAAACGAAUGGUAGUUGGAUAAAGGUUUUCAAAGUUCAAAAUUUCUGGAAACUAGUUUUCGAGGAGAUUUGACAGAGGCACCCAACGGGGAAUUUGAGAAAAAGACGUAAAAACAACAACAAAGCAUAAAUAAAGCUUUCUGAAGCCAUUUUAAGCAUUUUGGGAGAUUGCUUGGAAAAAUUUAUCUGUUCCUCACUCCCAGUAAGACUGAUGGAAGAGUUCCCAGCCAGCAAAGUGCACCUAAAACCUGCAACCUGACGUAUGUCCAGACAUUACUAGACAUUACUGCCCAGUUUGGGUGUGGUCAUAGGGCAAAAUUCAGCCCUUCCAUGGGGGGGUCCAUAGGCAAUUGGGUGUGGCCUAAGGGAGACAUUCACCCCUUUUCAAUGGAGGAAGGAGAGAUAAAAAAAUAGAAUAUACAAGCUAUUGUAUACAACAAAUCCCCUCUGACACCCUCAAUUGUGUAUUUCCUAGCACCACUUUCCUUCCAAGGACAUAUUAAUUUCUCCAAAUUUCCCAGCCAGGAAAACUUGGUCUGAAGAACGGAUAUUUUGGGGAACAGAUCCAUUGGGUGCCCCUGAUUUGAAUUUUGUGUCUGAGGGGGAGAGUAAGGGUGCUUUCUUGACAAGCGGAAAACAAUUCAUACAAAUUCUUCCAUUCGGUUUUACCGGCUGAGUUGAUGAACACAUCUUGAAAGUCUGCUUUUGAUUUCUGUUCUGGAGGUAAAUUGUCUGUAGCAACUGAUUGGACCAAAACCACCAUUUCUUUCUGUUACCGACGCAAUACUAAAGUUCUGGAAACUAUCCCUUUUAUUUGAACUCUUUGAACUGUCUAUACGCUAAUUUCUUAUGCAUAACCUUUACAAACGCGUUCCAAAAGUGGAAAUGAUUCACCAUGGUCUAAUUGACAUUAUUAAAAACUGAAUCAUUGGAUAAUGCAAUUCUAGCAUUUUGAUUGGCUUAGCCGUUAUGGUAUAUGAGCUAUUAUACCAUGCUCUCCAUAUAUAGUCGGUGUACGCGUCAGUUUAAAAUUGGAAGCUAGCUAAGAUUUUUUUUCGCGAAGGAUAGAACGCCGCCCGAAGUAAAUCGUUUUAAUUCAUUUCUUAGAAUACUAGAAAUGCAAUUUCAUCUCAAGAAAAAAGACAAAAACAAACAAAAAAGCCACAAGAGCUUGUUUGAAAGUUUGUCGAAAAACACAUGAAAACACAUGGAACUAAAGUACCUUGACCAUGAAGAAACCACACUUGUCUUCUUUCGUAGCUGAUUGCGAAGCCAUUCGCCGAUCGAGUCACUCGCCGAUAGAUAACUGCGGCUUGUUUAUCCGACAUCAAGAAUAUAAAUCACAAAUAACCAGCUACAAAUACAGGCUAUGCAGCCAUUCACUAGAGCAAUCGAGGCGGUAGUAUAGCUUCUUUUCUCGUUCAGCAAAACCAGCUUGUGGCUUCAAACAACUUCAUAACAAGCGACCGAGGUAAUAGUUUUUCUCCGUUGUUCUUACUUUUAUAACUGCACCGAAAAUCCAAAUUCACAGUAAUUUCGACGGCUGUCACUUAAAAAUUAUUUUCCUUCACAUUAUCUGCCAGGUUUUUUUUAGCUGUUCUGCUGUAUAAAAAACUAAUGUUCAUCGCUACAAUGUUUUGAUUUUUCAUUCACGCAGUCCAGGCGAGUCCGUUCGCGCGUUGACAGUUUUGAUAGACGUGUGACAUGUGAAUAGCGGAAGUCCCUUGUCUUUUCCGGUCUGUUCUAGUCGGGGAGAUUCAACGAGAUUUUGUGGGCGUUUUUAAUAAAACAAUUAUUCCACUCGCGCUUGUUGGAUAUGAGAUGAUUAUAGCCAACUCGGCGCUACACGCCUCGUUGGCUAUCUAUCAUCUCAUAUCCAACGCGCCCUCGUGGAAUAAUUGUUAAUUAGUAGAUUGAGUCAUGUCUAUAGAACAUGAGCAUGUUUCUUUCUGUUUCUUCGACUUGUAAAGGAGCAAGCUCUUAUUGAAAGUGUAUGCGCUUGUCAAGGGCAGUAUUGGCGAACUUGAAUGAGAAUAAGGCCUGUUUCACGAGGAAGCUAUUUUUGUAGCCUUUCGGUGUAGCUUAAUUACUUAAUUUUAUAAUUAGAUUUUAUCUUCUUCCUCCUCUUGCCAAAACACAAUACUUAAGUGGAUUUGUCACAAGGAUAUUAUUGUUUUAUGUCAACUCUGUGCUGAUGUCAUUACUUAGGGUCUUUACCCAUACACAAAAUGCUUCUGUAAAAUUAUGAAGAAGAUUUCAAAGAAAUUCCAUCAGGGAACACUAACCAUGAUGAUUUGUUACAUGAUUUGUGAAAAAAAAAAAAUGGAACACUAUUUUUGGAAUUCAAUUGAUACGCAGACACUUUAAAAGCUUUUUAAAAAAUAGAAAAUAGCGUGACAUAACCCUUUGAAUACCUCUUUAAACAAAUUUCAGGUGAUCUUAUGAAAAGCGUGGGUUUGGAUGAUUGUGAAGUCUGUCAAACAAGGCCUUGCAAGAACGGCGGCACGUGCACAGAGGUCGCUGGAGACCGGGGAUUUAUUUGUACUUGCAGGCCUGGUUUCUCGGGAAGGACCUGUGAUGACGCUGGUAACAAGUGUUCACCUGGCGUUUGCAAUGAGGGACGUUGUGAAAAUAUCGGCAAUGAUGGUUUUGGAUGCAUCUGUCCUGCU